AUGAUCAGCCCAAAGGAAGUUAUUGCUUCUGUUGCUAAUAUUGAUGCCAACAUGAACUCGAUUCCCGUGCUUAACUACACAAACUUUAAGAGCUGGAAAGAGAAAAUUCUGUUGGUUCUCAACUGCAUGAAUUUAGACUAUGCAUUAAGGAAAGAACAACUUGCUUCUCCUACCGAGAAAAGUUCUGCUGAUGAAAAGGCGAACUUUGAGAAGUGGGAACGUUCUAAUCGCUUAAGUCUAAUGAUGCUAAUGCACAACAUUCCAGAAGCAUUCAGGGGCGGUAUGUCUGAUGAGGUAUCUGUAAAGGAUUUCCUUAAAGAAAUUGAAAAAAGUUUUGCAAAGAACGAAAAGGUUGAGAUAAGCAAGAUUUUAGCUGACCUUGUCCAAAUGAGGUAUAAAGGAAAAUGA